AUGAUUGAAGUAUCUGUAAAUGAUAGGUUAGGAAAGAACGUUAAGGUCAAAUGUUUGCCUUCAGACACUGUGGGAGACUUCAAGAAAAUCUUAUCUUUACAAAUCGGAACUGAGUGGGAGAAAAUCGUUUUAAAGAAAGGUAAUCAAGUAUAUAAGAACCAUAUCACAUUAGAUGAUUAUGAAGUGGGUAAUGGAUUUAAUUUUGAAUUAUAUUACUCCUAA